UUGUUCGGAUGAACGCUUACUCCAUGAACACUGUCAUACACGUUAAUGUUUUGAUCGAUCCCGUUCAUUGAUCAGCCGAGCCAAGACAAGUUUUCACCACAGAAAUAUGUUCUUGACCCUUGAACUUGUGACACUUUUAGAAAGAUCAAUAAACGACACAACUGUUGCACAUUUCUUAUAAAGUUUUGCGAGUUUUGUAUGCAUUUUACUUUACAAGUUUGGAUUUCAAUAGAAUACCUGGAUUACACACCUGGACGGACAGGUAAUGUACAUAUUAUCUGAUAAAUCAUUAGUAUUAUGAUCACACGCCGUAAGGUAAAUGAUUCGUAACAAGAAACUCCCGUCAUAACAUCAGAUAACACACGAAAAAGCCAUCGCCCUAGAAAUUAACACGCCUACGAUGGAUUCUGAUCAAAACGAUGAAAUAACUAAGCUUAAACAACAAUUAGUGGAAAAAGAUCAAGAAUUGUCAAAACUUCGUGAAGAGAAAGAUUUAUUAGAAGAAAGUCUUGAAGAAACAGAGGAAACUGUGAAAGAGGCCCGGAAAGGUUUUCAAAAACGCAUAGAUGAAUUGACAAACGAUAUAGAGGAAAAGGAUGAACAAAUCGAUUCACUCACAGGGGAGGUAACUCAAUUAAAGAACAACAAUCAGACACAAGACAGUUCACCGGAAGUUGUAAAUUCUCUGAAAGAGCAACUUCGGUUAAAAGAUGAAACGGUUAUAGAAAUAAAAGAAACACUGCAUAAAGGGGGAAUGACUAUAAAUAAUCUUCACAUGGAAAUAGGUGAUCUAAAGGAUAAGAUGGCGACUGCAAAAGAUUCUAUUACAUUGAAGUCCGAAAAAAUAAAAGAGAUGCGAGACGAGAAUUCUCAACUUAAAUCAACUGUGUCAGAGCUGCAACUUAAACUUGACAAUCUCGAAACGAUACCGGAAGCUGGUUCUGAAAUGUCUGUAGACCCUGAAGCGGGUAAAGUGCAGAUAGAGGUAUUAAAGAAAGAAAUGAGUAGAAAGAAUGAAGAGUUGAUGUCUUUGAGAAUACAGCUUGAGAAAUGUCAGAAACAGUUAAACGACUUGAGCAAAAGUCCUAAAACAACCGAACCUGAUGAAAGCCAACAUUCCUUCAAAGAACCGACCAAAGUCUGUGAUGAAGUAACGCAAAAGAAAUCCAAAAUUAAUGACCUUGAACUACAGUUAGAAAAGGCCCAGUCUGACAACAUGAAAAUUUUGAUUGGCUUUGGGUUAUUAGUACUAGUGAUCGCGGUCUUAGUAGCAAAAUUAAUUUAUUAGAUAUAUUUGUAUUAUAUUGUAAUCAGUAUUAUAUGUGACCGAGUCAAAGUUUAGCCGUCUGUCAAUAAUUUUUACACUAACAAUAUUUCCAUAUUAAUUAUAGUGAAUUUUCAAAAAUAAAAAUGGGUUAACCGUUAUUAACAUACAGUCAAUGUAUUUAUUUUUAUAAUGGUAAUAUUGAUUUUUUUAUUUGUCAAAGAUAUUUUCAUAUAAGCAGGAAAUUGAAAUUUAUCAUGAAGCUCCUCAAUUGAAUUCUCUGACAUUAAGCGACAAAUUUAAAAAAAAAAAUAUAUUACAUCAGGACACAAUUCAAAACACAAUUUAUCGCAAAUUAGCUUUAUUUCUUUUACUUAUUAAAUUAAUUCAUUUUGGUGGCAGGUUUCUUGCAAUGCACAAUCUUUCUGCAUAACGCAUUUAUAACACGUAAACCGAUUGCAAUAAUUUUUUUCAGAUUUUGCUCAACAGCAAUGUGUAGUUAUCAAUAAGUUUAUUAGAUUAAUAAUAUUCUUGUAUAAUAAAAAAUACUAGAGGCUCUCACAUGACUAUUGUCUCUUUACUUGAUAUAUGCUUCAUGAACAAUGUUUUGAAAAUCAGAUGAAAAAAAUAGGUUUAGAAUAAUCUGUCUCUCGUCAUACUUAAUGUCUUAAAAUCAUGCGGAGAGGGUAAAAUAAUUUUUCGAUUGCUUAUUAUGCUUUUCGGACGUCCAACAAGUGCUAGCCUUAAUGGCGAUACUUUUUACGUCUUUCGAUUGCUCUGAUUAUUGUAUAUGACUUGCCAAAUUCGUCCCAACUCGGGCAAUUCCGUACCUUCGUCUAAACUCGGCCGAUUCCAUACCCUCAUGAUGAUAGGAGGAGAGUAGCGGAUUCUACCGAGGAUUGCCGAAUGUCAUCUAAGACGAAGACGGGUGGCGGAUUUACCCGAAGAUUGCCGAUUGUGACGUGCCACAGAAAAACAUUUGCCAUUAUGCCAAAUCAUAGACCAUACAUAAAUUUGAUCAUUUUCGGUCAGUUUUAAUCAUUACGAGUCAUAUAAAAACACCGGAUCGGCAACUACCAAUGUGUUCAAGUUUUGACAAAGAUUUUAAUUGCCAAAAUUGAUUCUGUCGGGUUCAUCGAUGGCCACAAUAUCACGUAGAACACAUGUAAGGACCAUACGAAUACGAUAUACGAAUAGUAACUUUCGAUGAUGUAUUUUUACUAUUUUUAGCCAAAUUUUGUUUCAAGAUUUGCAUGGCGUGAAUGAUCGUUCCUGUUUACAUUCCAAAAUAUCUGCGAAAAUAUGUCGAGUUACAAUAUUUCGUUUCUUAGUUAAACCAAAAGGUCAAUAUUAUCCUUCAAAAGCAGUUUCUGUUUCACAUAUACUUGAAGUAUUAACUCCAGGGGCGGAUCCAGUCAAAUUUUAAAGGGAGGUCAGCACCCAGGACAAAAAAGGGGGGUCCAACUACAUGUCCCCAUGCAAAUGCAUUGAUCGUCCAAAAAAGGGGGGGGGGGGUCAACCCCCGGACCCCCCUGGAUCCGCCACUGAACUCGAAAAUAAUUCGUCAGUUCUAUCGUCAAUUCGACUUGACAGGGAUAUUCAGAAAUUUAGGGAGUGUAUAUACAUUGCACCAAAAUAGUCUUCUUUCAUAUAUCAUGCACAUCCAAUGUUUACAUAUAGUAUAGUUCAGAAUUUAUCUAAAUUUUUGCCAUAUUUUUCAUACUAUUUAUGUAUCAAUAUUAAUUUCAUUAAAUUAAUAUCAAAACCAG